CAAUUGUUAGUUCAAAACAAGCUUACGAGAUGAACAUUCCAAAUAAAAAAAAUUUGGUGAACGCUGCGUUGUUGGUGCUCUUCUUGAGCGCUGUCUCACCGCAGUUAUUAAGCGAAUCGAUGUGUGUGAGGCAUUUACCUUCCAACUGCGUCGAAGCAGUACGCGCCGCUGGUUCGGAGGCCAAAAGUGGCGUCUACAAUAUACAAUUACCGUUAAAGGUUUGGGUGGAUCGACCCUUCUACGUUUACUGUUUACUCGAUCACAACGGCGGUGACCCCUGGUUGUUGGUACAGCGUAGACAGGACGCAACCAUCGAUUUCAAUCGCACCUGGAACGAUUACAAGACUGGUUUCGGAAACUUGGAGUCAAAUUUCUUCAUUGGUUUGGACAAAUUGCAUGCGCUCACACAAGUGCAACUUAAUGAGCUACAAAUCGAAUUGCAUGAUUUCAACGAAACCGUUAAGUACGCCAACUACGACAGUUUUGCGGUAGGCGAAGAGAACGCAAAAUAUCCAUUGAAUGUUUUGGGAAAAUAUUCUGGGAGUGCAGGCGAUUCCUUGCACGGCCAGCACGAAGGCCAAAAGUUCAGUACAUACGAUCAGGAUAACGACAAUUGGACCGGGAAUUGUGCGGAGCAUUACAAAGGCGCCUGGUGGUAUAAAGCCUGCCACUGGAGUAACCUAAAUGGCGAGUAUCUUAAUAGCACUCACAACGAAAAGCCGCAAGGCAUUGUCUGGUAUACAUGGCAUGGCAUUUAUUCGAUGAAAUAUGCGCACAUGGCUAUAAGGCCAAAUACGAAUAUACGGAUACAACGAUCUUGACAUGAUAAAUGAAGACGAAUUCAAUAGUCCUAUAACCUUUCGUUUAACAUAAAACAGAAAUGAUUGUGAAAUUGAAUUUAUAUACAUAUAUGGUAAACUAUUCGAUGUUCAUUUAGGACUGAGCAAGAGAAAAGUGUUAUUUCAGGACUUACUUGUUUUUAUAGCAGAUCCGACAGUAAUCAAGAAAUAAGUAACAAAAUCAAAUGUA